CAAACUUUUGCUGCAAAAAAAUAGUUUCUCCUUGUCUUCAAACUCACACUUCACCCAGCAACAAACACAUAUACUGAUAUACAUAUUACAUAUACAGAUAUACUCUUCUUUCUAGGUUUAUUUCUUUCUGAGUUUCUGGGUUAAAAAUGCCGUAAACCUCACUAAACCCAGAAAAAUUCAUCCUUUUUAUGAGAAACUAAACACAACCCAUUUCAAUUCAAUUAACUUCAACCAAAACCCACAAUUUUUACCCAGAAAAAUUUAACUUUUUUUUUUAAUACCAUGGACCCAUCACCUUCAAUGGUUCAUUUAGCAAUGGCGGCGUUUUUUGGGGCUUCAAUAAUGGCAAUCUCUGCUUUAUUCAUCCAUAAACGAAGUGUCGAUCAAAUCCUUGAACGUUUAAUCGAAGUGCGCCGCAAAAAGGCGGUUUAUAGGGCUGAUAGAUUGGUGGAUGGUGAGUUAGAAGAAGAAGAAGAACAUAUGGGACAUGUGGAAGACGAAAAUGGAGUGUUUCAUGAUGUUGUUGUUGAUGAUAAUGAUGAUGAUGAUGAGAUUGAAAUAUCUGGGCAAGUUUGGAGUGUUCAAAGUGCAGGUGGAGAGAACAUGAAUUUGAAUAUGAUUUCAAGUUAUGGAAUUUCUUCUUCAGUACCUAAUGUUGUUGGGUUUUCUAAUGAUUGGUUAGAAGAUGAUUCUGGUAACCGUUGUUUAUCUUCUUCACUUGAUAAAUCACACUUACCUUUGCUUCAGAGAUAUCUUAGAAGUGGAGAUGUUUGUUCAUCAAAGACAUCUACUUCCAGUAAAAGGAUUGCUUCUCAAAAUAUAAACAGAAAUGCUUCAGAAAACACAAUAGAUUCCAAUGAGCAAGACAAAGAGCUCCAAAAUGGAGAUGCAAUUCAUUCCCAAGAGAACAAUGAUACUUCUGCAAAUGCUGAUAGUAAAUUGUCUGCUCAAAAGUCAUCUGCUUUCCCAGCUGGAUAUGAAAAUAUUAACAGUAUGCAAGAUCAGAAAUCCAGAGUCGCUGCUUGUGAGAGAAAAGCUAUUUUAGAUUUGCCGGCCAAUGUGGAGUUAGACAUGCCUUCAACUGGGGGAAAUGAUUUUACGGCUGAAAGUGUUCUACCGCUGAAAGCUGCAAUGCCUGUGCCUCUAAAUGUGGAAGAGGAGGAAGUCCAAAGAAUGCUUCGUGAAUGUUUAGAACUCCGGGAAGCAUAUGUUUAUAGGGAGCAAGUUGCGCCCUGGAACAAACCUUUAGAUGAUACUGCAUCGGGAGCAGUAGAAGACCCUUUUCACUUCUAUCCAAUCGAGAAAACUGAUCAUGAUUGUAGGAUGGAAGAUGGUAUUAUCCAUAUAUAUGCAAACAAAGAUGACACCGAAGAGCUUUUCCCUGUUCCAAGUGCAACACAAUUCUUCACUGACAUGCAUCAAAUUUUGAAGGUCGUUUCAAGUGGAAAUGUUAAUUCUGCUUGUUUCCACCGAUUACGGUUUCUUGAGGAGAAAUUUCGUCUUUAUCUGUUAGUAAAUGCAGAUAGGGAAUUUCUGGCUCAGAAGAGUGCACCACAUCGUGACUUUUACAAUAUCAGAAAGGUUGAUACACAUAUUCACCAUUCUGCUUGUAUGAAUCAAAAACAUCUUCUUCGGUUUAUAAAGUCCAAGUUGAGAAAGGAACCUGACGAGGUUGUCAUAUUUCGGGAUGGAAAGUACCUCACAUUGAAAGAAGUUUUCGAGAGCUUGGACUUGACAGGGUAUGACUUGAAUGUUGACUUGUUGGACGUACAUGCUGAUAAGACAACCUUUCAUCGAUUUGAUAAAUUCAAUCUCAAGUACAAUCCUUGUGGACAAAGCAGACUGAGGGAAAUCUUCUUAAAGCAAGAUAAUCUUAUCCAAGGACGUUUUCUGGCAGAAGUAACAAAGGAAGUUCUAGCUGAUCUGGAAGCCAGCAAAUACCAGAUGGCCGAGUAUCGGAUAUCCAUAUACGGGAGGAAGCAAAGUGAAUGGGACCAGCUGGCGAGUUGGUUCAUCAACAAUGAGAUCUACAGCGAAAAUGCAGUUUGGUUGAUCCAGCUGCCAAGACUGUACAAUGUGUACAAGAAGAUGGGAAUCGUUACCUCGUUCCAGAACAUUAUUGAUAAUGUAUUUAUCCCACUCUUUGAGGUCACAGUUGAUCCUAAUUCUCAUCCUCAACUACACGUGUUCCUGAAGCAGGUUGUUGGAUUUGAUCUUGUGGAUGAUGAGAGCAAACCAGAGAGGCGACCAACCAAACAUAUGCCCACACCAGCUGAGUGGACUAACGAAUUCAAUCCUGCAUUCGCAUAUUACACAUAUUACUGUUACGCAAAUUUGUAUACACUUAACAAGCUUCGCGAAUCAAAAGGAUUCCGGACAAUCAAACUACGACCCCAUUGUGGAGAGGCUGGUGAUGUUGACCAUUUGGCUGCUGGGUUCCUUUUAUGCCAUAAUAUAUCACAUGGGAUUAAUUUGCGAAAGUCUCCUGUACUGCAGUAUCUGUAUUAUCUUGCUCAGGUUGGACUGGCUAUGUCUCCGCUGAGCAAUAACUCCCUUUUCCUUGACUAUCACCGCAACCCAUUUCCAAUGUUUUUCCAGCGAGGUCUAAAUGUCUCUCUCUCCUCUGAUGAUCCUUUACAAAUUCAUUUGACAAAGGAGGCACUUGUUGAAGAAUACAGUGUUGCUGCACAGGUAUGGAAGCUCAGUGCUUGUGACUUGUGUGAGGUAGCAAGGAAUUCCGUCUACCAGUCUGGGUUUUCGCAUGCUGCAAAGCUGCACUGGCUUGGAGGCAAAUAUUACUUGAGAAGUCCAGAAGGUAACGAUAUUCACAAGACAAACGUCCCUAAACUGCGUAUAGCCUUUCGCCAUGAGACCUGGAAGGAGGAAAUGCAGUAUGUGUACUCUGGAAAAACAAAGAUCCCUGAAGAAAUCGACAUUAAUUGAGGAGAUAUCAUAGAUCCGAAUUUUGGUAUUCUUAGACGUUAUGCACUUAUGCUGCCGCACAGUGUACAGCCUGCACGCCAUAUUGGUUUACCAAUUAGUUCUCGGAAAACUCUAGUUGCUCAAAUUUAAGUUUAACUAAAUAAGAGAGAUGACUGAAGUUACAAAGGUUUCCUUACAUGAGAAGUGACCAUAAUUUAGUUGGUUAAAAAAGCUAGGAAUUUAGCAUUGCUCUUAAGUUAAAGGUCUUAUAUUUACCAACAAUAUUGUACUUUGUUUUGUAGUAGUAUACUUAUAAGUUUAUAUAUAUUUUCUGGCCAAUUUUUGACA